AUGGGGGACGUACUCGAAAAGCUGUUGGACGAGAUCAUCGGCGAAAACAACAAGCCGCUGCGGCCGCCGAAGAAGCUUGCGGGCAAGAGCUUGCGUGGCCAGGGCGACAAGCUUCGUCGGGGCCAGGGCCGCACGCGGUCGCCGCCGGUGAAUAAGGGUGUCCCCCACGAGAUCAACCGCCUCUGCCACGGGCGCCCCGUGUUGCGGGUGAAGAACAUCCACCCCGACCUUAACGGCGAGGAUCUCAGCAAUUUGUUUGGCGAGAUUCUGCCGGUGGAUUUUGUCAAGUUUGAUGCCGUUGACGACACCGUCGCCUACGUGUGCUUCCAGAGCGACAAUAAGCGUAGCAACGGGCGCGCCGUGGAGAAGUACGACGGGCGCAAGGCGAUGGGCCGUGUGAUCACGGUGGAAGUGCCCGGGGCGCUGUUGAUGGAACGCAUUGGUGGUGGUGCCGGCGGCAACCGGCCCACCCAUCGCAGCCGAGAAGCCACCCCUGCUGGUGGCGACCGGGCCAAGAAGCCUCGCCAGCGGCGCGAGAGACGUGAGCGCCGCCAGCGCCCCGAGUCGAAGCUGGCAGAAGCAUUGGACGACGAGUUGUCGGCGUACAUGGCCCAGGGGGAGAAGAUGGAGACCGACUGA